AUGUCUGCCCCUAGAUCAGCCCGCUGCUUGCGCCAGGCAGUUCGCAGUCUCUCGACCCGUCCUGUAGCUCCCAGAUACCUGUCCAGACAAGCUCCCGUCGCAUCACACGUCGCUACUCGCGGCUUGUCCUAUACUUCCCGUAGCUACAAGGGCAUCUUGCCCGAUACCGACGAGCCCACACUCAAGGAGAGAGAGCCUCUGCACGAGGUCAACGAGCCCACACCCAUCGAGGUUGAAGAAUACCACGAGAGAGCAGACCAAUACCUCGAGGAGCUCGUCACCAGGGCCGAGGAGCUGGCAGAGGAGAAGGAAGGUGUCGAUGUCGAGUAUUCUGUAAGCAUGCUCGUCGCUGCAACUCUUGCAUGUGCUGACCAUCCAUCAAGNGCCGGCGUGCUCAAUAUCGUCUACCCUCCCAACGGCACCUACGUUAUCAACAAGCAGCCUCCGACCAAGCAAAUCUGGCUGAGCUCUCCCAUCAGUGGCCCCAAGAGAUUCGACUGGGUCAUUUUGGGCGAGUCGCAGCAACAGAAGGAGGGCGCUGCAUCUGGCGACUGGAUCUAUCUGAGAGACAAGACCAGCCUGACCACUUUGUUGAGAAAGGAGCUGGGCCUGACUGUUGGCGAAGAGUCCAACCGUCCUUGA